GGUCAUGGCCCUAUUUACUUUGAGAGCUACGUUGUGACAGAACCGUGGAGGUGCUUCAGUGCGGCUUGCGCGUCACAAACAUCACUCUGAAAUACAUAUUUGAUACAUAGGAGUUUUAAUCUUUCAGAGCUCAUGUCUUUAAUUUCUCUGAUCGCCGUUCGCCGGCAAGCAAGCUCAGAAAUCCAAAGACAGUUGAACUGAAGGCAAGAGGUCGUUGACGAACGAACACUGGCAUUGGUGGUGGGGUCCACCAGUGGUUCAGCGAUUUCUUUCCUGUGAAUUUUGUUUUCUUCUCGCCCCUUCGAUCUCAUUUUGGACGUUGAGUCACUCGCUCCUUUUGCACAUUUCAACAAGACCUGCGUCUUCCAAUAAAAUCAGAUAACACAUUUUAACAUACCUCUUCCACUCGCAUUAUCUGCGUUUCUCGUCCAUUAAGAGAUCAAUUGGUUGUGGUCGACGGAGUGGCAAAGGGCAGCAUCAUGUCUAUGUCGGAUUCCGAAUUCUCGUAUUGUGGUCGCGAGUACAAAAAUUUCAGACAAGCGACUCGAGAGCGAUUGUUAUUUGAAAUGCUUAGGUCGUCUAAAACAGGGGAUUCAAAAUCAACCUGGAAGGUAUUAAUCAUGGACAAACUCACUGUAAGGAUAACGUCUCACUCGUGCAAGAUGUCUGAUAUCACGGACGAAGGUGUUUCAUUGGUUGAAGAUUUGUACAGGCGAAGGCAGUCAUUCCCUACCAUGGAUGCAAUUUACUUCAUACAGCCAACCAAAGAGAAUGUUAUUAUAUUUUUGUCAGAUAUGUCUGGAAAGGCACCCUUAUACAGGAAGGCAUUUGUAUUCUUCAGUUCACCUGUUUCCAAAGAUUUCAUUAUGAACAUUAAGAAAGAUACAAUGGUGUUGCCUCGCAUUGGUGCCCUGAGAGAGAUGAACUUGGAGUAUUUUGUCAUAGACAGCCAGGGUUUUAGCACAAACAACGAUAGAGCUUUAGAGGAUCUGUUUCGGAACGAGGAGAAUAAUUAUAGAGGUGUUGCAUGUCUGAACGAGAUGGCUACUCGAAUUGCUACAGUUUUUGCUUCAUUAAGAGAAUUCCCUUUUGUUCGCUACCGUGCUGCCAAGUCCCUAGAUGCAACCACAAUGACAACUUUCCGUGAUUUAAUUCCCACAAAGCUUGCUGCUGGUGUUUGGGACUGCCUUGUGAAAUAUAAAAAAACUAUACCUAACUUUCCUCAGACAGAGACAUGCCAAUUGCUCAUCCUUGACAGAUCCAUUGAUCAGAUUGCUCCUGUAAUACAUGAAUGGACUUAUGAUGCCAUUUGCCAUGAUUUACUGAAUUUGGAGGGAAAUAAAUAUGUUCAUGAGGUUCCUAGCAAGAAUGGUGGUGAACCUGAGAAAAAAGAGGUUCUUUUGGAAGACCAUGAUCCCAUAUGGCUUGAGCUUCGCCAUGCACAUAUUGCAGAUGCUAGUGAACGUUUGCAUGAGAAAAUGACCAACUUCGUUUCAAAGAAUAAAGCUGCACAAAUCCAACAUGGUUCCAGAGAUGCUGGUGAUAUGUCACUGUAUGACUUGCAAAAGAUGGUUGAAGCACUUCCGAAAUACAGCGAACAAAUGGACAAACUCUCUCUCCACGUAGAAAUCGCGGGAAAAAUUAACAGAAUUAUUAGGGAAUUGGGACUUCGGGAGCUCGGGCAGCUGGAGCAAGAUCUAGUUUUUGGCGAUGCAGGAAUGAAAGAUGUGAUUAAAUUUUUAACUACAAACGAGGAUACGACUUGCGAAAAUAAGUUGCGCUUGUUAAUGAUUCUUGCAGUCAUUUAUCCUGAGAAAUUUGAGGGAGAAAAGGCUCUCAAUCUGAUGAAGGUCGCAAGGUUGACAAGUGAGGAUAUGACUGCAGCGUAUAAUUUGAAAUUGCUAGGGACACAACCAGAAGCGACAAAAAGUUCAACUGGUUCUUUCUCUCUCAAGUUUGAUAUCCAUAACGCAAAGAAGAAGAAGAAGCGUGCAGCAAGGAUAGACCGACCUGGUGAAACAGAAAUAUGGCAGCUAUCACGGUUUUACCCUAUAAUAGAGGAGCUUAUAGAAAAACUAAGCAAAAAUGAGUUGUCAAAGGAAGACUACUCGUGUUUGAAUGACCCUAGUCCAAUAUUCCAUAACACACCUUUUGCCGGGUCUGUGAACCAAGAUCAACCUGCACACUCUAUGAGAUCAAGACGCACACCAUCUUGGGCUCGAUCUCGAAGCUCUGAUGAUGGAUAUUCAAGCGAUUCAAUACUUAGACGUUCUUCCAGCGAUUUCGGGAAAAUGGGGCAACGUAUUUUUGUAUUUAUUGUUGGUGGGGCUGCAAGAUCUGAGCUUAGGGCUUGCCAUAAGCUUACUGGCAAGCUGAAGCGGGAAGUUAUUCUGGGCUCAGUAUUGAUGAUCCUGCACAGUUCAUUACGAAAUUGAAGACGCUACAGGAGCUCUCGGUAGAUGAUCUUGAGAUAUGAUGUUACAGAUUUGGGAAUUGGAAGAUGAGCUUGUGCUUUCAUGUUAUUAGGUAGUUCAAUCAUAUCUAAUCAUGGACCUAUGGAUUAGCCAAAUCACUGAAUCACAAUCCAGCAAUUAUAGGCAUUUUGAUUCAAAUCCAGGAUAGUUGCAUGCUAAGAUCUAAUUUUGUAAUUUGUACAGCUGAAAUAUUUCUUGAGAUCUGAAUUUCAUUAUCUUUAAUCUUUUUCA